GGAUUGCAGCCCAGCCAGCACAGCCAUUCGAUCUGACAUCAUUUCCAAGGUUCUCAGCUCUCACCACGUGCUCUGACGCUUCGUAGCUGGGCACUUUUCGGCUCGGGAGUUUCCAUGUAUCGCCCAACCGUUGCAACCAACCAGCCACCCUCCCUCAGCCAAGCUGACGGAUCUCGCUGUUACCCUCCUCAGCUCUCCAACAUGCGUGGCGUAAGCACAAGUUUAUCACGCCUCCUCAAACCCUCCAACCUCUCCGUCUGGACCGCCAGACCAUCUAAACCAUCAAUAUCGCUUCCUCAACCGCCAGGAUGAUGCGCAAGAAGAUCAACUACACCAACGUCACGCCCAUCCCAUCCUUCAUACCCCGCCAACUCGCUAUCGACAUCCUUCACAGCCAUGGCGAGAUCAUCGAGCUGAACCCGCUGGUCAUUGGCUUCGAGCCCAUCAAAGCCCCGCGCGAUGCGCCCGCCGACGAAUUCUACUCGACGUGGUACGAGAUAUCGGAGCGCAUACAGUAUAUCCCAGGUGUGGGCAAGCUUGGAUCAGGAAAGAUCAAGUUCAAGGGUUGUUUUCACGACAUGCCAUGGGGACUGCAGACACACAUAUACGCGCCUGCGGGUGUGGACUUGAGGAACAAGUGGCAGAUCUGUGGAAACCAGCCUGGCGAGCCGCCGGAGGCCCGUGAAUUGGGGAUAGAUGCUCCUGCGGAAGGACUCUAUCUGCGUGAGGACAUUCAGAUCACCUGCAAUGUGACCAUGGUCGGAUUUGUGAAGAAGGAGACAAAGGCCGCUUCAAAAGUCCUCGUGGAGAGGCUGAUCAAGAAGGCCGAGCUGCUGGAUGCGGGCGUGCUGCAUGCGAUGAUGGAGGACGGGAAGCUGAAAACGAUCAAUCCGGCUGAUCGUAGAGAAUCCCAUGGCCGACCUCAGUCUGCGAGUAGUCAAGCACGCUUUCCAACGGCUUCGCCCAGCUUGCCAUAUAAGAUUCCCACGUCUCCCCGGCAGGGAACGUUUUCCCAAACACAGCCGGCGGAGCCUGCUCACAACGAAAUCGUCAUGGAGCUACCGGGUGACUUCUAUUACCCACAAUCCUCUCCUACCCACUUGAUCCCCGACAACCGAUACGGAGCACAUUCAGACACUGGCAAGCCCUCGCCGGACCCAUCCAAUGGCAGGUGGUCACACGCUUCGAACCAGAGUUCGAUUAGCUCGCGUCCCAGCUCUUACGCAUCUGAUGGCUUCCGGUCCCCAGGCCCAGAUCAGAAAGGCUUCGCGAGCGAGCUUCCAACGAUGCAGGAGACUCGGGAAGAGCAUGAAGAUGCCCGCAAGAGACUCAAAGGCGAGCCCUAUCCGGAAGAUCGAAAGUACAGAUAUAAUCCUCAAGAUUUCGUGAACCUAAAUCCCCAGCCCUAUGCACAGGCCCCGCUUUACGGACAGACCGGGUCGUAUUCGCACUACGCUCAACAUGAAAGAUGAUUUUCCAACCCUGGUUUCGGUCUCUUCAUUCCCAGCAGCGCGGCGUUGUUUGGCGACUUGUUCUACUUUCACGACUGAUGAUCCUAGUCUUGAUUUAAUUGCUUUCAUCCAGGGUGGUUGUUAUGGCACUGGCAAGCGAUGUUUUCGAAAUACCUUUAUGACUCGUUUACUUGUACGACCGUAGACUGUAGCAGCGAAGUGUCGCUUCCCGGAGUUCUGUCUCAAUCGGAAUGCUUCAUUUAAUAGCGCUCAACACUUUUGCUGGACCUCGAUUACCUUCCAAUAUGGGACUGCAUUGGAC